CUCUCUUCACGCCUAGGCUCAGUUCUUCCAAGUGGCGACUCCAAGAUGUUGAGACUUACUCUGUCGGCGCUAGGGCUCUUUGCUGCGCAAGCGGCAGCGCAAUGCAGCCGGGAAUUUCUUGUCGAAGCCACGAAUACCCUUCUUGCGGCACAGACCGCGGGGAGCCCGGACGGUAUAGCUUCCCUGGCAGAUAACCUCGUGUACCUAGAGUCCUUCAAGACGGCGGAUAUCAAGACCGGUAUCCUCUCGCACCCGCUCAAGAUCGACUUUAACCGUAGCCUCCACGACACCACGGCCUGCGCGACCUACACCGAAAUCAUCGUCACGGACCCGUCGCACCCGUACGUCCUGGGCACGCAGAUACGCUUCGCCGACGGCAAGAUCGCCAACAUCAGCACCCUCGUCACCGACAGAGGCGACUGGCUGUUCAACGCCACCGGCACCUACUACUGGGCCUCGCGGGAGAACUGGGAUGUUAUUCCAGAGGACCAGCGCGACUCCCGCGAGGUCAUUAAGGCUGCGGCGGACGCCUACGCCGACAUCUUCAACGACAAGACCGUGGUCGUCCCGUGGGGCACCCCCUGCGCACGUCUCGAGGGCGGUGCGUACACCGGGUCGGGCUCGGCAACCGACAGGUGCGACGUCGGUAUUCCUACCGGUGUCCGGUUGGUCAACCGCCGCUACGUCAUCGACGAGACUAUUGGUGCUGUCGACGUCUUCAUCGAUUUCGCGACCGUCCCGGACAGCCACGAGUUCCGGGUCGAGAAGGGCAAAAUUCGCUACGUCCACACUUUGACCGUUAUGGGAAAUUGAGCUAUGUGUAGGAAUAUUUAGGUUCUUUUGACGAAGCCACGUUUU